AUGAAUACGAGGAUUGAGAGCAACGUCGAAUGGAUGCGGGACUUUUCGAAUGUAACGAAGCUCAUCGGAGAGAGGCUAAGUCCAUUGAAGCUCAGCCAAUACACCGAUUUGUUGAAACAGUUCAAGUCACGGCGCAUAGAAGGAGAGGAGCUCAUAAGGUCUCUUCAGGUUUUGUUUGAAGAAGACGAGCAUCUUUCUCAGAUGUUCAACGAACUCAUAAGGUCUCUACUGGUUUUGUUUGAAGAAGGCGAGCGUCUUCCUCAGUUGCUCAACGAACUUGAGGAAGAAGAGAUCCGAGAGCGGAAAAAGAGUGAAAUUCAACAAGAGGAGCAUCGUCGUCGUCUUCGCUGCGAGAUUGGUCGGGAUGAAGCAGAUAAACCGCUAAAGAAACGAAGCAAGUAUAGAGUUGAGCCAACUGGAACUGUGUUGGAGCCUCAGGGGUUUAAAUCAGAGAUAAACCAAAACUGCGGUAAAAGUAAAAAUCUUGUAUCUUCAUGUUGA